UGAAUGGCACCUUAUGUGGUCUUCUGCUUUUAGCCGAUCCACCUCAAGUUUUUUCUUUUCUUCUCAUCACAGACCUAGAGUGCUCAUUUGAGUUACUAUAGACUUCUUAUUUAGCUCAGAUCAGUCUGGUCAUUUCCCUCUGAUCUCAUUUAUCAACAAGAUGUUUCAGUUUCAGUUUGUUUGAAGGUUUGUUCAUGAAAUAUUGUCACCAAAAUCCAUACCUCCAUCAAAUCCACAGAGAUCACAAUAUUCCCCAUUCUGAUGUUUGAUGUGAACAUUAAAAAAAGCUCAUAACCUUUAUUUAUUUUUAUUUGUUUCAUCAUGCUCCUGCCACAUGCUUAUUGAUUGGAUAACUAUAUAUAUGCAAGUGAUCUAAGCAACAAGCGGAUGGCAAAUGGAUAAAAAUAGCAUGAUUUUUGAUUUACAUUUCCACAGGAUGGAAUUUUACAAUGGUUUACAUGUGAUGUACCCAUAUCAUAUAAUGAAUGGAAAGUAAGAUAAAAACAUUCCUAUCCUUUUUCAUCAAACUCAACCCAAAGCUGAAUAAACACCUGUUUACACCUGUGUUUUAUAUGCAAGACUUUAUAUAGUCUAGACCCCGUCCAUUUGGGUGAACAUGGACACUCAUGACUUAGUCACCACUAAGGUAAUGAACAUCUGUUGACAUAUAAAGCACCUGAUUAUCUUUGUGUAGCCUAAUACGCGUGUCGCUGAUUCAUUAUUAAAGUUUGGUUUUGAGUUACGGGGCCGGUUGCCACGGCUGCGUUACACAUCAACGGCGUGGGGCAAAAUGGGAGCCUUUUCACACACCUUUCAAGGACAGGUAUGACGAGGACUAUUAUAUACCCAUUUCUUACUCAUUCUAUUUAAAUUAUAAUUGCAAAUCCUCCCCACAUGGGCUAUGAACAUAAUCCAGAGAUGGGAUGGACGAGGAUCGGAACAUCUGAAGGAUUAUAUUAGGCUAUAAUUUGAUGAGCUGCUCAGUGGCUUUGUUGUCAUGUUCAAGAAAAUCAACGCGGUGUUCAGGCCAAGCCGCGGCCCAGGGGCACGGGGCGACUACCACAGCGCAUGCACGGUGAAACUCGUCCGCAGCGCCUCAAUGCUCACGGUCAUGGACCGGGGCACGGCACAGAGGGAGUCCACCCUGAAGAGAAGUGCGAGCACGGCUAGCAUUCAGUCCAGCACAGCGUUCUAUUACUGCUACAGCCGAGAAGAACGUGUGUGGCUCUACUCCCAAAACCAGGAGUGUCUGGAGUAUCUGCAGGAGCUGGUGGCGCUCAGGCGGCGAUACACCAAGAGCUUCAGCGAUCUGAAGCACGACGAACGGCGAGAGCACAGCUUCAGUAAGAAGAAGCCUGCACCACAACCUCCACAGCAUGUACGUCCUCAUCCAUCUGCACCACCAAUCCCCAGUGAAGAGGACACGCUGCAGUAUUUUGACGCUGUUAUCGCCAGCUGUGACUCAGAGCACACCAGAAAACCCCACGUAGAUGAUGGUCACGUGGAUGUAGAUUUCAUUGUGGCAACCAGUACAAGUCAACAUAACCUCCAUUCUAACUGGGUGCUGCGAGACCCUCGACGGAUAUCCACAGACACGUCUAGGCUGAGGCGGCCAGAGCUGGGGUCAGAUGAAAGUGCUUGGAGGAAGGCAGCAGGUGGGACCACAAGCAGUAUCAGAAGGCUACAGAGAAACCCCAUCCACCUCCCUAAAGUAGUGGAGAGUGCCUUGCAGACCCUGCGUUUCAAACCUAGGCAUAAAAAGAAAGAUUAGCACAUGGCAUUCACCUCAGAUGAUGGCCAGGAAACCCAGCGGAUUCAUAAUGGCAUGCCUUUGUAAUGGAUAAGCCAUUCACAGACUUCAGUUCUGUUUUAGAGAAGUCUAAAUAAUCCCAUAGUGGAAUGCAAGACAGGUAAACAAAUUCUGGAACAGCUUGUCAGGUGAAUCGUCUUAAGCCAAUAACGGGUUGGUCAGUGUAUGAAUUACUGCACAAUUCCAUGACCCUCACCAGAAAGUGAAAUCUGUGGCAUAUAGACAUCCAGUUUGAGGCCCUCCAAUGUUGCCCAGAGCUGUUCAGAGUGUGUUGUGAAACAUGAAUGUGAGCAUGGUGAUGUAAUAUCGGGGUAAUGAAGCUCUCUUAUUGACCAGCCUCAUCAAUAAUCCACAGCAGAUCAGAGUCUCUGUUUCAGUAGUUUUCAACAGCAGCAAGGCAUGUCCAAGUGACUAGACAUGGAAAAAGAAAACCCAGAGUCUAAAGAGUCGCUCAGCCCGAGUAAGAAGACUCUCUCCUGCUCAACAAACCUCAAUUAGAGAUUUGUCUACAGGAGAUCAGAUUUAAUCACUGAGCCACUCAGGCACUGUUGUGUGCUGGACAUAACACAAUCCUUCAGGCCAUUUUAAUUCAAUUUAUUUUAUUUGUGUAGCGCUUUUUAACAAUGCACAUUGUCUCAAAGCAGCUUUACACAGAUAACGUGGUGAUAAAGAAUCAAUAAGAAGUGUGUUUGUCCCUAAUGAGCGAGCCGGUGGCGACUGUGGCAAAAACCCCCACAAAAACCCCCCACAAAAAACACCACCCAAUUUCUAAAGUGGAUUGUGGCUGGAUAUGAAGCCUGAAUGUGUAGCAAACAUAUAACCUCCUUUGGAUUUAUAAACCUGUGUGAUAUAUUACCAGGAUGCAGAACAGGUUGAAAACAUUAAAUUACAAAUUAGUGUAAAUCACCAAGUGACUGAAGUGAUUUUGCCCUUUGGCUUGGCCCAAAAUGUGUUCAACAAUAUAUAAUUAAUAUAAUACAUUAUAAAUAAUAUGAAUAAUAAAAACAAUAAAUAUAAAUUAUAUAAUUGGUUUCCUUGUAAGAAGUAAACAAAAUUUUUUGGUUUUCAAUAAAAGUCACCAUGAGGAACAUGUACUUCCUUUUUCUCAGGAAAGAGGAAACAAAACAAUUUUUUUUUUUACUCGCAAAACCAAACCACCUGCAUAAUAAGAUAAUACACCUGACAGGAUGUUUAUAACCAAAACAAUAUUAAUAAUUCAGUAAGUAGAACCAUAGUGUUAAAGCCACAGUGUUCUUUUUAUUGAUUUUAUUGGUCUUUUCUGGCUGGCCAUAAGCACUUAAAAGCAAAGGAUUUAUUUUUUAUUUUUUAUAUAUAAUUCACACAAAAUACCACACUCAGAAUAAAUAUGUAGUUACUCCCCCCUCACACCUUUUCUUGUGAUGUUUGUAUUUGUAUCUAACCAUGGGUCUAACCAUGUCUUGAACUAAUACAAUCAGAAAAUUUGAGGACACAAAAAUAGUAACAUCAUAGCACUUAUGUAUUAAAUACUUAUACUAUAAAUGGUAAAUUAGGAAU